AUGGCUCCUCGAAAGAGUACAAGUUCCAAUACGGCUGAUGCGAACGGCGACAUCUCUAUGGUAUCUAAUGCCACCGCCGCCUCCACGACUAGCCAUGCUCAUCCAAAACCCUCUCGACAAUCAAGUGGAGGUGCAAAGCAGGAUGCAGAUAGUGUGGGCAUAGAUGAUUUGCUCCUUCCCCGGACCCUGAUCCAACGGCUCGCCAAAGGAGUCUUGCCGCCGAACACUUCUCUACAACGCGAUGCAGUCCUAGCACUUUCAAAGUCAGCCACCGUAUUUAUAUCCUACCUUGCACAUCACGCAAAUGAGCAGUCGACUCGGAAGACUUUAUCUCCUCAAGAUGUUCUCAAGGCACUGAAGGAGGUCGAACUGGCAGGGGUCAUGGAUCUAGGUGCAGUAGGCAAAGAUGGCCGGACUGGUGGACGUUUAGAACGAGAAUUAGAGGUCUAUGAACAAGCUCUGGCACAGAAGAGGAAAGGUGCACGAGAUCGAAAAACAAAUAAAGCUCGAGAAAGUACAGGAACCGGCAUUGAGGGCGGCGAUGAGGCCGAGGAAGAUGAAAGAGGCGAGCCAAGCAAUAAACGAGCUAGACGCAUGGGCGAACAUGACGAAGAUCCGGAUGAGGAGGACCGCAUGUUGGAUCUUCAAUUGAAUGGCCUUCAGGAAGAAGGAGAAGCAACGCAUGACAGUACCACCAAAGCGACUAGAAGGAAAGGAUCCGUCAUUUACUCGUCACCAAUAAGUGCUGAGAAGGGCAUGUCGAAAGCCGCCGAGACUGACUCUGACCCUGAAGGCGACGAUGCGGAAGAAGAGGACGAUCACGAAAACAUUAACGACGACGAGGACGACGAAGACGAUGAAGAGGAUCAGGACGAAGAUGAAGAAGAUAAUGAGCUUCCAGAAGAAGACCAAUUGGAGGGCAGGAACGGUGCUCGAAGCCGUAAUGGUGGUGGUGGCCUUCAGCCCAAUGGAAGAGCCGAGAUCGCGGGGAGCGACGAUGAUAGCGACUGA